UUAAAUAUUGCAAAUAAGACCCAAAAACCCAAAUCAACACCUUCCGAGUUCCAAGCAUGUGAACAGAGUUUGAGAACUGAACUGUAAAUCUAGCAUUCGAGAAAGGUAGUUUCUUUUUUCCUUUUUCAUCCAAAACAAGGUAAAAACAAGAAAAAUGAAUAGUUCAUCACCAGCGAAUUCAUCAAUAUCAACUACAGCAAUCGUUGGAGGAGGAGGAGCAAGUGGUCGUACUAAUGCUGCUUUGGAGGAUUCCCAUUUCCCUUCUGAUCUUAUAUCCAUUCAAGACCGCAAAGAUGAGGCCAUGCUCGUUUUAAAAUCUGAUUUGAUGGCUGCACUCAAUGAAGAGGUUAAAUCAUUGGAUGAAGAUAACUGGAAGUUUGAAGGUCCUCGUUCCCGCAUCCACCUGAUAUCAAGACCAGAUCAGAUCCGGUUUGCCAGUAAAAAGGAAGUGAUAAAAGGAACUUAAAUGCCUUGAAAAAAUAGUUGUUUGUCCACAUACCAAACUCUUCUUGGCUUCAAUAUGUGGGUUUCUACAGAAGCAGAUGGAGUUUACAAAAAACUGUAGCACAGCCCCGAAAAAAUGAUUUCAGAUUUCCUGAGACUGGACUUUACAGCUAAGAGAUUGGCUUUACUCAGACAACUUCAUUAUAUCUGUAUAUUGCUGAAUUUCACUAUGAAAUCAUGCACACAUGUGAAGAAUUACAAGUAUUUCCUUCUGACUGUUAUUGUUAAACAAGACAGUUUUGCCUUUCCAUUUUUGAGAUUUUAAUACCUUAAAUGCUCAUGUACGUAGCACAGUCCAUUGCGGUGUGGAAUUCGAUUCAGAUUCUAAGUUACAGUAAAGAAAA